CUGCAAUUAAUCUUCAUGGAGCGCCAACAGGUUGGAUCUUCUUCUUCUUCUUCAAGUUAUGAUGUGUUUAUCAACUUCAGAGGCGAAGACACUCGCAAUACCUUCGUUGGUCACCUUUAUAGGGCUCUCAGGGGUCGUGGAUUCCAUGUUUUCAUUGACAACAAAGAUGUGCGGAAAGGAGAAGAUAUUGAGCCGGAGCUCCUCGAAGCAAUAAAAGGAUCCAAGCUCUCCAUUGCUGUCUUAAGUAAAAGAUACGCAGAAAGCAGAUGGUGCCUUCGGGAACUCGUUCAAAUGGUGGAAUGUCACCGAACCAACGGUCAAGUUAUUUUCCCCAUUUUCUUCAAAGUUAAGACAUCAGAUGUUAAGAAUCAGACUGGAAGUUUUGGAAUUUCACGUCAGAGACAUGGCAAGGAGGCGCCUGAAACUCUGCGGAAAUGGAAGGAAGCUUUGCGAGCUGUGGGUGAUAAGAGUGGAUGGGUUUUAGAUGAUGGGGUUGAUCAAUCAGAGCUAAUCGAGAAAGUUAUUGAAACUGCUUCCAUUCGACUGAAUAGGGUCCCCUUGAUUGAUGUUAAAUACCCUGUUGGAUUAGAAUCCCGUGUAGAAUCUGUGUUAUCUCUACUAUCAAAUACCAGUGGUUCUGAGGAUGUUCUGUUUCUUGGGAUAUGUGGUUUAGGUGGCAUUGGGAAGACCACCAUUGCAACAGCCUUCUACAACCGCACCUUUAGAAACUUUAGCAAGAGUUGUUUUCUUCAUGACAUUAAAGAGAAAGCAUCACAUGGUAUUGAUUGCUUUCUAGAGAAACUUCUUUACAGUAUCUUUCGGGAGGAAAUAAAAAUAUGCAAUCCUCAAGAAGGAUCGAGAUUGAUAAAAGAAAGACUUGGAAAAAUAGACAUUCUUCUCAUUCUGGAUGAUGUUGACAAUCAUACCCAAUUAGAUGCACUGGCUGGUGAUAUCAAUUGGUUUGGUCCUGGAAGUAGGAUAAUUAUAACAACUAGAGAUGAGAACAUUCUAGGUAGAGUUCCUCAAAAUAAUAGAAAGGUAUACGAGCCUCAAGAAUUGAAUACGGAAGAGAGUCUUCAACUCUUUAGUUCUCAUGCUUUUUAUACGGACCAACCUCCUGAUGAUUAUUUACAGCUUUCAAUUGAUAUAGUACACACGACUGGAGGAUUGUCCUUAGCCUUGGAGGUUUUGGGUUCCGAUUUAUCUGUGAAAAAAGAUAAAGAAGUGUGGAAAAGCAUUUAUCGGAUAUUGAAACAAGUUCCUCAUAAUGAUGUCUAUAGAAAGUUAAAGAUCAGCUAUGAUAAUAUGCAAGAUGAUAUUGAGAAAGCCAUGUUUCUUGAUGUUGCAUGUUGUUUUAUAGGAUAUGAGGAAGAAACCGUAAUUUCCAUAUGGGUAGGUUGUGGCUUUGAAGCGAGAUACCGUUUAGAAGUUCUCAAGAAAAAAUCCUUCUUAAAGGUUGCUGGGAAGAAUGUUAGGCGAAAAUCAAAAGUCUUCUUGAUGCACGAUCAGAUUCGUGACAUGGGAAGGAGAAUUGCCAACAAUCAAAGCCUUAUUGAACCUGGUAAACAUGGCAGGUUAUGGUCUUGUGACAAUAUCAUGGAGGUAUUAAAUCGUGGUAAGGGGAAAGAAAUGGUUGGAGCUCCCAGCUUUAGUCUUUUAAAUACUAAAUGUUUUGAGAAGAUGUCCGAUCUAAGAUUACUACGAGUUGAUAGAGCAUCCUUGGAGGGGAACUUUCAGUGUCUUCCUUCUACGUUAAGAUGGCUGAAUUGGUGUUAUUGUCCGUUGGAAGAACUACCAGCCUAUUUUUAUCAUGAAGAAACAGUUAUGCUCGACUUAAGUGAUGGCUAUUUUAAACUAGCUUGGAAUAACUGGGUUGAAAAUAAGCUGUUUCUACAAUUGAAAGUUCUUCAACUAAGUAAUUGUGAGAAUCUGUCCGAGUCUCCCGACUUCUCAGGAUUUCCUCGGUUGGAGAGGUUGUAUCUUGAUGGAUGCAUAUCUUUGGUUAAUUUACAUGAAUCCAUUGGGCAGCUCCAACAGCUCGUUUACUUGAACUUGAUAUAUUGCAAAAAACUUAAGAAACUUCCAGACAGUAUAUGCCGGUUGAGUUCUGAUGAGCACAUUUAUAAGCUUAUUCUCUCUCGAUGCUACUCACUCGAAGAGUUGCCCAAGUCCAUUGAUGCUCUAGAAGAAUCUUUGGUUGAGCUGUACUUGGCUACUACAGGGAUUAAAGCACUGCCUGAUAGUGUUGGACUGUUAAAGAAGCUGGUGGUAUUGGAUCUUUCACACGGCUUUGUGCUAGUGGAUCUGCCAAGGUCAUUGGAAAAUAUGACGUCUCUGCGCUACAAUCUCUUGAGUGGAUGUGCCAAUCUUCGAUACAUACCCAAGCUGCCCUCUAGUUUAAUUGAACUUCGUCUUUGCGAAUCAUUUGUAUGCUUAACAGAAAUGCAUAACAUGAAAAGAUUGGAGUUAUUGUGCCUUAAAAUUUUUUGUGGAAAGGGGCAGUUUCUAAGAGGCAUUGUGAAGACAAGUUAUGGUGAAUUCAGCAUGCUGGAACUGAUGUGUGAAGUGCAUCAUAUUUGUGUUCAUUAUUCGCGGCUGACGCAUGGCCAGGUUGUUUCCUUUCCUUUUCUCGCGGAGGGAGCAUGUAAGGAAGAUAACAACAAUAGAGGUCGGAGACAAAUUUGGAUACGUCUGCAAUUCAUAGAUGAAGGUCCGUUUCGCAAAUACCUGAUUCCUGAUGAUGACAAUGAUGAGAUCUGUCGAAGAAGAAGAAGAAGGUUAAUUAUGCAUGUUUCUAUGAGAGUCAGCGGAUUUGAUCCAUUACUUGCCGGAAUAAUGGAGGAUGUACUAUGA